GAGAGGAGGAGAGAGUGAAUAAGAGAGAGUUAGCGACGGGGAGCUGUUCUUUCUUCUUUUUUAAACGUUUCUGAGCAAUAUUUUGGACUGUGAGGACAUUUUCUUGCAGAGAAAAAAAGAAAAGAAGAUUUCUGGAGUCCUCGGUUUUCUUUUUGAACCCCGUCAACCUUCGUUUCUGUCCGACUCGUCACUUCUUUUCUAACGGCUGACUCGCCUGUAUGGGAAUUUCCACUGGAGUGUGUUCAGCUAUUUUCAAACCGGUGGAAACUUCUUCUUCUUCUUCUUCUUCUUCUUCUUCUUCGUCUUCUUCUUCUUCUUCUUCUUCUUCUUCUUGUCUGUUUCUCCUCUGGUGCUGAACGGACAGCGGCUGUGGCACGCGGAGGAACAGGACAGAGCGGGAGUCUCGCGCCGAAGGGGAGCUGUCCGGUGCUGAAAAGCACGAGCCCGGCAAGAGGGCACGCGAAGAACUGUCCUGGGAGCUGUCCGCGUGCUGGAGGAUAUACAGAACAAAACAAACAAACAAGAAAAGAAAAGAGGGACAUUUUACUGCGUUUAUCACCUUAACGUCGUCGGAGAAGUCAGGAAUUAGUUCAUUCUAUUUUUUUAUUUUAUUUUUUGCCCUCUCAGAGCUCCACAGGUUUUCCAGCGGCGGGUUGUCGAAGAAAAACAGACUAUUUCCCCCCAGGACCUAAAAAACACAGUGUGUGUUCGACAAACCUGAGCAGAAAUAAAUAUUAGGCAUGCUGAAAAAACAAUAGCAUGCGAAAAGCUUUCGGUUUGUUUGACGUUUAAAAGCCAUGUUUCCUCUCCACUCUCAAGGCUGUUUGACUGGAGGGAGCAAGCACACCUUUUGUAGCUGAAAACCAGGGAGUACCUUCAAGGAGCAACUACUGUCCCAUCAUGCCUCGGUCUUUUUUGGUGAAGAAAGUGAAACUGGACGAUUUUUCGGCUGCAGAGCUGGAGAGCUCAUAUAGUCACAGCAGAAGAGAAGAACUCAGCCUGCGGUUCCAUCAUCAUGACAAAGGCUACGUCAGCGAUUAUCUCAGUCCAUCUCCUUAUGAUGAUGUGGUUGGAAGUGACUCAUCUGUCAUCGCUAAAGUAACCUCCCCAAGCCAUCCAUCCAUCAUCUAUGGCCGCAUUGAUGACACCUAUUCUGGUAUCCAUGGUGAUAUCAACGGUGAUUCGGACCAGCCGGAUAGCCCGCGGUCCGAAGUGUCAUCAUCAGCCGGUGGAUACAUCAAUGGCGAUGCAGCCGUGAGCGAGGGAUACACAGUGGAUGCGUUUUUCAUCAUGGAUGGACGAUCACGGAGGAAAGCCGCAGCGACCCCCAGAGGAACCACCCAGAGGCACACCUGCAGCGAGUGCGGUAAAACCUACGCAACAUCCUCCAACCUGAGCCGGCACAAGCAGACACACAGGAGCAUAGACAGCAAGAUGGCCAAGAAGUGCCCCACAUGUGGGAAAGUCUACGUUUCCAUGCCUGCGAUGGCCAUGCACCUGCUGACCCACGACCUUAAACACAAGUGUGACGUGUGUGGCAAAGCGUUCAGCCGGCCGUGGCUGCUGCAGGGCCACAUGCGCUCACACACGGGUGAGAAGCCGUUCGGGUGUGCACACUGUGGCAAAGCAUUUGCCGACAGGUCAAACCUGCGUGCCCACAUGCAGACGCACUCAGCCUUCAAGCAUUACAAGUGUAAACGGUGUGAUAAGACGUUUGCACUCAAGAGUUACCUGAACAAGCACUACGAGUCGGCGUGCUUCAAGGGGGCUUUCUCUCCUAUGAGUUCACUGGGGGAAUGAUGGAUUCAGAAAGGUUCAUUGGAGUUUUCUUUUGUUUAAAUCAGAUUUUACUGGCCUCACUCCCUACGUAUCCUGCUUUCCCCAACAAGAAGACCAGUAUGCCUGAGCACUGCAAGGGAGGAGUGUUUCCUCUGCAAAGAUCGUGAGGCAAACGACAAAAAUAGAUUGAGGACAAGUCCAUUUUUAUCAAGACCCUCCAAACCCUCCUUUGUCUCCUCUUUCCUCGCCUAGAAGUGAAAUGAAAAGUUUGCUUGAUGCUUGAUUUAGAUUUGUUCCCUGCUUCGAUAAGAUACGUCCCCUACUGAGGCUGUUUUGAGUAUCUUUGAAGACAAAUAAAGCACAGCACAUCUAGCUCAUCAUUUUUUGAAGAUACGCAGAUCUAUUUAUGUCCAUAUCUAUCCUCGUCCCUCUUCUGUUUUUCAACUCAUGGCGAAACAACACUGAAGCACAAUUCCUCCUCCCAUCUCUGUCUUUCUGUGACAUAAACAUCACAGGAGUUUGAAGCAUGAAUCGCAUCUUCAGUUUUCUUGCAACGAGAUUCAAUGAACUUUCAUAUUUUUUCUUAAAACAAACAUUCAUAAUCUAGGGAUACAUCUGGUUUCCUUGCUUUUGGUGAAACUGACCUUGGACUGAACUUAGAAGAUAAAGAAGCAAAACAACGAAAGCAGACAACAUUUGUUCUCUGUUUUCACUUUAUACUGGCCACAUGCUUUGCCUACUGACAACAAACCACUCUGAACUGUGAAGGAAAUACGAUGUACAAACCUGCCUGAACAUGGUGGACAUGAUAGAGAACACCUUUGUAGUUUGGAAAUAAUCACUUUUAUUUAAACCAAUGUCUUAAAUGGACACAGACAUGAGAGCGUUUGUGCUUUACAUGACCGUAAGCAGUAGACAUUAAGAGGGGAUUAGGGAGACACUCUGGACUUCCAUGGCUGAAAACUCUCACUGAGCCACCAGGGUAUUCCUGAUCAAACAGUGUUUUCCUACAACAUAAAUCUGAUGUUAUUUAUUUUUACUUGUCAAUGUCGGACGAGGAUCUAGACAUUAAAAAUGUCCUGCGUUUCCUCAAAAGGUCAAACCUUUCUCAAGUGUUGUAAAAUAGUGUUUUUGUUGCCAGCGGGCCACACAGUGUUCAGCUUUGAGGUUUACGUCUUUUUUAUGUGUCUAUUUAUUGCCUAAUUUAUUUAUUUAUUCUUAAGUUUUUGUAGGUGUAUUGAUUUUGCACUUUACUUUCUUAUAUUAUUUUGUUAUAUUUUGCCUUUGUUACAAAUAUGCCAAAGCAUUUGACACUUUCUAAUUACCGAAUACCUUUUUACUUUUGUCCGCCACUUUAAUUAUAAAAACUACUGCAUGCAAAAAAAAUAACAAUAGCCUAAUAAUGGAAUCUAUGCCAAUUUUAUGAAUCUUUGGGAUAUUUUGCCAAACCUCUUAGAUAACAGGCAAAUUAAGCAAAUUUCUGUCUUGGGCAAUAUUUCAUUCAUAUCCGAUAGAGCAAUAAUGCAUGAUAUUUUUGAAGAGACGUGAGUCAUAACUGCUUGUAACAUCUUGAUUUUUUUCAAGUAACACUAUUCUACGUAGUUAUGAGAAAUGAAAUUUCAGGGAGUUAGCAAACCAAGUUAGUGUUAAAUAUGAAGGGUUGGGUUACGAACUCUGUUUAGAGGAACUGUGACACUGUUGUGAGUCGUUGAGGUUUUCUUCAGUGAUUUUUGUGUUUGCUAAGUGUUUCAGCAGAGAGUCCGUUUUCCACUCCUCCAAGCUCUGCUGAUUUAGUAUGUAAUAAUAUCCAAAACAAUUGCCUCAGAGUUAUAAUUCUAUCUUGGCAUCAUUAGCUUGUUGACAAUUAUGUCUGUAUAAGCAUUAGGAGCUGUUGGGGCUUCCAGGGAUUCACACAGAUGGCACAACUCCUUUAGGUGGAGACUCUGGGUUGGGUCGGGACGGGUCUUUUUGUACAUGGUUUAUGCACUGCCUGCCUCGUAUUAUUAUUCUAAAAUAUUGUAGAAAGUAGAAGGUACUACUAUAGGCCUCUGGUGCUGAAACAUGGAUGAAAAUGCAAACCCAUAACGAUAAGAACAAUUAAGAGUUUUGAUACUUGGUAUGUUCUUGGUCCUGCUCCCACAACUUUACAACAGCUGUGGUGCUGAAUGUGGGGCUCUUUGACCCUCAGUAGUCCUUAAGCAGGUUUUGAUCAGUGGUGAAGAAGAAAUUUCCUCUAGGAGUUAGUUGGUUGAGUUAGGAGUUAGUUGGUUGAUUAGUUGGUCGAAAUCAGCGAGCUCUCCUCAGUUUGAAUCCCAUCAAAAGAGUUCUGCUCCUUGGUUCUACAUGAGACCUUCAUUCACAAUCGAUGUGAUGACAUGGGAGCUAACAACACUCUUUAAACCUCCCUGCACAGUUUCAGGUUCAUCUCUGGCUGUUGUGAGGUUGUGGUGGCGAUCCCCAAUGCAAUUAUGAGGAUUGUUGAAAAAGAAGAGAAGACACAUGGACAAUAUUUCAGCACCAGAGUGCAUUGACAAACACUUAGAUUCUACUAUGAACUACUGUAGCCUACUAUAGCCACAAGCUAGUUUACCUAUUCUUAUAUAAAAGCACUUCCUCUUACGAAUUAUAUCUUACAACUUUUUUGUUCAAAGAUAGUAGCACAAUGAAAGAGUUUAGAUUCAGGUAGACAAUGCCUUGUGUGUAGAAAUAACAACCUCUUUCUCCUUUUUCUACUAUGAUGAAUCAAAGGUAAAAACGACAAAGAUGCUGAACUAACACAAGCUGUGUUGUCCUUAAUUAACACAUGAAAAUAUGCUUAAAGAUGACACGCUAUAAAUUAACAACUUUAUUACACGCUGUGUCAUUUUUAAACGUAUUUGUGUGAGCGCAUCUUCACUACACCUUUUUUUAGGAGCGAAUGAAAACUCGACUAUUUUGCGGCAAGAGGCCUUGUAAAUAAGCACUGAUGUGACUCUGGAGUCCGAUUAUUUCUACAAAUCUGUAUAGAGUGACAGUGAUGAUGAUGAUGAUGAUGAUGAUGAUGAUGAUGAUGAUGAAGGUGAUGAAUUUUUCUGGAGCUUCCUGCUUUGUUUUGAGUUCUUCCUCUGAGGUUUUUUUGGGACCUCCAGCGGCGGUUUGAAACAAUGUAAAGCACAAAGACAACACUGGGCAU